UGUGCCCGUUCGGUAGCAUAAGCCGACUAACGCUGCGGUGCGCCGUCCGCCGUCGAUGAUCGAGGAGGAAGCGGAGCCGGCCGACAGUGGCUCGGAACCCGACAAACACUCCGACUACCAGUCGAGUUCCAGCAGAACCAGCUGGCUACCACAGUCACAGCCGAUUAACAUCAGCCGCGUGGCCACGUCUCCCGCGCACCUGUCGCCGCCGCACCAGGACCUGCUCCGCUCGUGCUCCCACCCCGGCUCCCCGGACCGUAAGGGAGCCGGCACGGGAGCCGAGGAGCGGCCCCGGAGCCUGGAGGGUCUGAUGGAGCGGGGUAUUACCGAACCACCGCCGGCAGUGCGACCAGCAGACGGCGUCAGCGAGCAAGACGACGAGGACGAAGAGCUCCGCCGGCAGCGUCACUCGGUACCCUCGCAGACCCAGUACGCCCAACAGCUGUCCAUCCUGAACCAGCAGCUGCAGCUGGGAGCGCCCGGCGGAUCGGCCAGCUCCCUGUUCUCCACGGCUGUCAUCAGCGGGUCGUCGUCGGCGCCCGAGCUCAAGUCACUCUUCACGCCUGUCACGGCCAUCGGUAUCGAGGGCUGCGGCGGCGUGCCGUCCAUCCGGCCUUUAGAGACGCUGCACAACGCCAUGUCACUGCGUCAGGUGAACGCCUUCAUCGACCGGGUCACCUCGAUGGAGUUCCGCGCACCGCCGCCGGCGGCCGCCGACCAGCCGGAGCGGCCGCCGCCGCUCGGCCUGCACUCACCAACUCACAGUCUCAGCAUCAGCGGUCCAUCAUCAUUCGUCUCAUCUCCGGGCUCUACGACACCGCUGGACGGGGCGAGAGCAGUCAGCGACGGCUGGUAGCACCGGCUGGUAGCACCGGCUGGUAGCACCGGCUGGUAGCGCCGGUUGUUACCGCCGUCAUGCAGAGGCUUCAGUAUCUGCGGUCCCACAGUGGCAGACUGCACUGUCGUCCUACAGAGGCUAGAGUUUGGGUCCGUGAUGCCGUACUACAGAGGCUCUAUGGUCGGUGAUACAAGACUUCAGAGGCUAUGGUCCGUGAUAGCGGCCUACAGUACGUCAGUGGCCCAGGGUUCCGCCUGCUGGCCCAGAUGAUCGCAGUCAGUGAUAGGGUCUGUCUCUGUGGGUUGCAGUCUGUCAAAGGGGCCGACUUAGAGACUGUAGUUCGUUACAGAACCGACCUACAAGCUACAGUUUGGUACAGGCUGACCUAUUGACCGCAGUCCUUGACAAGGCCUGACUUAUUAAUUAUAGCUCGUGAUAAGCCGCCACCGGACCGAUCGGACGCCGGUGGCGGCCGUCCCUUCACCUUCCGUGCAAUGCGCGCCGCCCGCCGCGGUGGGCGGCCAGUGAUGACGUGAUCGUGAGUUAGUGACGUCAGUCGAUGACGUACCUGACGUCAGUGAUGUGACGCCGGAGUAUUAUCAGUGUAACGGCCGAGCCGGUACUCCGGUUGAGGUGUUUUGUAUACGGCGGCGCGGGCGGUGACGGGGUCGGUUUGUCGGGCUGCCGUGCCGUCCGCGCCCCACUCAUGUGCAGCUGAUUAUCGCCAACAGAUGGCUCAGUGUGGCGCCGCCGCCGCGCCGCCGCGCACCGUGAUAGUGUCGCCGACCGGUCGGUGGACAGUCUCAGUCAGGGCGCUGUGUAUGCCCGAUAACUCAUCAGGAGUAUCGCUCUCUAAUCGUAUUUAUCUUGCUGUGUGACGCGUCCUCUCAGAACAAACAACCUCGUGAUGGUCGCCCGUGUCUCACGACCCGUAAUCGCCCGAUAGGGGCGCGCGCAGUGUUCGUUUCAGGACUGCGCGCCCGUGAAAACGGUCCCCGUCGGUCGUAUCGAUGCGGCUAGUGAAUGCACCGCCGGGGGUCUUGGAGGUAUUUUGAUACCGGGGAUUCAUGAGCAUGUGGCUGCCAAAGUGUUCAGCGCGCACCAUUGUAUGUCAUUUCGGGGGACACCGGGUAUUUCGGGACAUUCGCCGAUGUGUCUCACAGUUGUUUCAUGUUGGGUACCGUUUGGUACCACAUUGUGUACCAAUGUACCGUGCCUGCGUACCUAACCGCCGGUACCCCAUAUGAGCUGGGAACACCCAAUACAGACAGACUGAGUACAGA